AUGAAGUUCUCGCCAAUCGCUCUUCUCGCUGUGGCAGCCGCCUCUGCCGAGGCCCACUACACCUUCGGUCGCCUCGUCUACGGUGGCACAACCUAUCCCGAAUGGCAACACGUGCGCAAGACGCUCAACUUCUACACCAACGGCCCGGCCGAUGGUGUGUCGUCGACGCAGAUCCGUUGCUAUGAAGCAGAUGCUGCUGAUCGCGGGACGGUGACAACGCUGCCGGUAUCGGCAGGCUCAACAAUCGGAUUCGCGGCCAACGGGGUCGUGGGACACCCGGGACCGGCGAGCUUCUACAUGGCUAAGGUGCCGACCGGCCAAACCGCGGCGACGUGGGACGGCAGCGGGGCGGUGUGGUUCAAGAUCUACCACGAGAGGCCGACUAUUACGAGCAGUGGGUUGGAGUGGGCUUCUACCAACACCCAAAUACUCUCCACCAAGAUUCCGGCGUGCAUCCCAUCAGGCGAGUACCUCGUCCGCGUCGAGCACCUGGCGCUCCAUGGCGCCGCCACGGAGGGCGGAGCGCAGUUCUACCUCGCGUGCGCGCAGGUUUCCGUGUCCGGGGGCGGGAGCACCAGCCCGUCGGGUCUCGUGUCGUUCCCGGGGGCGUACAAGUCUACGGACCCCGGGAUCCUGUUCCAGCCGUACUGGCCCACGCCGACGAGCUACACUAAUCCGGGACCGGCCCCGUUCAGCUGCUGA